CCCGCGCGCUCCCGCCCCUCCCCCGCCAAGCCUGGCUCUUGGCGCAGACUCGCUUGUUUGUUUCUGCAGGAGCCUAAGAAGAGGCCGAAGCCGAGAAGAUGCCCGGGAAGCUGAAGGUGAAAAUCGUGGCCGGGCGCCAUUUGCCAGUGAUGGACCGAGCUAGUGACCUGACUGAUGCUUUCGUGGAGGUAAAAUUUGGUAAUACCACCUUUAAAACAGAUGUGUAUCAUAAGUCACUUAACCCUCAGUGGAACUCAGAAUGGUUUAAAUUUGAGGUGGAUGAUGAAGAUUUACAAGAUGAACCUCUGCAGAUCACAGUCCUUGACCAUGAUACUUACAGUGCAAAUGAUGCCAUUGGUAAAGUGUACAUUGAUAUUGAUCCUUUACUCUAUAGUGAAGCUGCAACAGUCAUUUCAGGAUGGUUUCCAAUUUAUGACACAAUACAUGGUAUUCGUGGGGAAAUAAAUGUAGUUGUCAAAGUAGACCUCUUUAAUGAUUUAAACCGAUUUAGGCAGUCAUCAUGUGGAGUCAAAUUCUUUUGCACAACAUCUAUUCCAAAGUGCUAUAGAGCCAUGAUAAUUCAUGGAUUUGUAGAAGAACUUGUAGUCAAUGAAGACCCAGAAUAUCAAUGGAUUGAUCGAAUUCGCACACCAAGGGCAUCAAACGAAGCCAGGCAAAGACUCAUAUCUUUAAUGUCAGGUGAACUGCAGAGGAAGAUUGGCCUGAAAGUACUUGAAAUGAGAGGAAAUGCAGUUGUUGGGUACUUACAGUGUUUUGAUCUGGAGGGCGAGUCUGGGUUAGUGGUACGAGCCAUAGGAACAGCCUGUACUCUGGAUAAACUAAGUAGCCCAGCAGCAUUUCUUCCUGCAUGCAAUUCCCCAUCCAAAGAAAUGAAGGAGAUUCCCUUCAAUGAAGAUCCCAAUCCUAAUACUCACUCAUCAGGACCCUCAACCCCUCUGAAAAACCAAACUUAUUCCUUUUCACCUUCCAAGUCCUACAGUCGACAGUCCUCUUCUUCUGACACAGAUUUGAGUUUGACACCCAAAACUGGAAUGGGAAGUGGUAGUGCUGGAAAAGAAGGGGGGCCAUUUAAAGGUCUUUUAAGACAACAGACUCAGUCAGCAUUGGAGCAAAGGGAAUUUCCAUUUUUUACCUUGACGGCAUUUCCUCCUGGAUUUCUUGUGCAUGUUGGGGGUGUGGUUAGUGCACGCUCUGUGAAGCUUUUGGAUCGCAUCCAUAAUCCUGAUGAACCAGAAACUCGAGAUGCAUGGUGGGCAGAAAUCAGACAAGAAAUAAAAUCACAUGCUAAAGCAUUAGGCUGUCAUGCUGUAGUGGGCUACAGUGAAUCGACUAGCAUCUGUGAGGAAGUCUGUAUUUUAUCUGCAUCUGGGACAGCAGCUGUACUGAAUCCUAGAUUGCUGCAGGAUGGCACCGUGGAGGGCUGUUUGGAACAGAGGCUAGAAGAAAAUUUGCUUCCAGGCUGUGGAUUUUGCCAUAUACCAUAUGAUGAACUGAAUAUGCCAUUUCCAGCUCAUCUGACAUAUUGCUGUAACUGCAGGAAACAAAAAGUUCCUGAUGUUCUCUUUACAACUAUAGAUCUCCCAGUGGACGCGACAGUUAUUGGAAAAGGUUGUCUUAUUCAAGCAAGAUUAUGUCGCUUGAAAAAGAAAGCACAGGCAGAAGCAAAUGCUACAGCCAUCAGUAAUCUGCUGCCAUUUAUGGAAUAUGAAGUACACACUCAGCUAAUGAAUAAACUAAAACUCAAAGGAAUGAAUGCUUUGUUUGGACUGAGAAUUCAGAUUUCAGUGGGUGAAAAUAUGUUGAUGGGCUUAGCAUCUGCCACAGGUGUAUACUUGGCAGCUUUACCAACACCCGGUGGCAUUCAGAUUGCUGGGAAGACUCCGAAUGAUGGCUCCUAUGAACAGCAUAUAUCUCACAUGCAAAAGAAGAUAAAUGACACGAUCGCUAAGAACAAAGAAUUAUAUGAAAUCAAUCCUCCGGAGAUAUCUGAAGAGAUUAUAGGAUCUCCCAUCCCAGAACCUAGGCAACGCUCAAGACUUUUAAGAUCUCAGUCAGAAAGUUCUGAUGAAGUUACAGAAUUAGACCUUUCGCAUGGAAAAAAAGAUGCUUUUGUUUUGGAGAUUGAUGACACAGAUGCCAUGGAGGAUGUACAUUCUCUACUUACUGAUGUUCCUCCACCUUCAGGCUUUUAUAGUUGCAAUACAGAAAUUAUGCCUGGUAUAAAUAAUUGGACAUCUGAAAUACAGAUGUUCACAUCAGUAAGAGUCAUCAGAUUAAGUAGCCUUAACCUGACUAAUCAAGCUCUUAAUAAGAACUUUAAUGAUCUCUGUGAAAAUUUGCUCAAGAGCCUGUAUUUUAAACUACGAUCCAUGAUCCCCUGCUGCCUUUGCCAUGUAAAUUUUACAGUAUCUCUGCCUGAAGAUGAACUAAUUCAGGUUACAGUCACAGCGGUUGCAAUAACUUUUGAUAAAAAUCAGGCUUUACAGACCACAAAAACACACGUUGAAAAGUCAUUGCAAAGAGCCUCCACAGACAAUGAAGAACUUCUGCAGUUUCCCUUAGAACUCUGUUCGGAUUCACUUCCUCCUCAUCCUUUCCCACCAGCUAAAGAACACCUGGAGAGUGCAAGUUCUAACUCAGGUAUACCAGCUGCACAGAGAGCGACGUCAGUUGAUUACAGUUCCUUUGCAGACAGAUGCAGCAGCUGGAUAGAGCUCAUUAAACUGAAAGCUCAGACCAUAAGGCGCGGAUCAAUUAAGACAACUGUGACAGUUGAAAAAUCAAGUCCGAUGGGUGAAGGAAAUUUCCGGAAUCGUUCUGCUCCAUCUUGUGCCAGUUCUACAGUUGGGGUUGUUAAGAUGACACCUCUUUCUUUCAUUCCUGGAGCAAAAAUAACUAAGUACCUUGGAAUAAUUAAUAUGUUUUUUAUUCGGGAAACCACUUCUCUUCGUGAGGAAGGAGGUGUCAGUGGCUUUCUCCAUGCUUUCAUUGCUGAAGUGUUUGCAAUGGUGAGAGCUCAUGUUGCUGCUUUAGGAGGGAAUGCUGUUGUCUCCUACAUAAUGAAGCAGUGUGUUUUCAUGGAGAAUCCGAAUAAGAACCAGGCACAGUGUCUUAUAAAUGUAAGCGGUGAUGCAGUAGUUUUUGUGCGUGAAUCUGAAUUAGAAGUGGUAUCAACUCAGCAACCUGCUGCCAAUUGCCAGCCUGCAUGUACUGGAGAAGUAACAACCUGAAGUAAACUACAAAGAGUUCAACUAAGUGAAAAUCAUCUUUCUACAUUAUUUGGUCGUUAACUGUCUUCUCAGACUUUAAAAACUUGAACUAAACUUGAGAUAAUUAAGAAAGAAUUGAUACAAGCAUGAGAAGAUUUGCUUUGUCUGGAAUCUCUUGGAGGCAUGAGAUUCUCUGAUCUUUACUCUUUUUUUUUUUUUCCUAGUCUAGACAGGCAACCCUAUGGAAUCUUGAUCCUUUGGUAAGAUAAACUUCUCAGAGAAUUUGGUAUAGCAAAGAUGGAAGCUUUUUGUAAUUUAUGUUGAUUUUAAUAAAAUAAUUUAAAAGAUCAAAGGGAAAGAUUAUAAGGAAACUAGGAUAGCUCCCCUAGUCUAGUUUAAAAACUUAAGCAAGGAAUUCACAAAUUGUUACUGAAUAAAUAAUCUGAUUUGAGGAACGUGAGGAGAAAUGUUUUCCGAGAACUUCUACAUAGGUUUCUAAAUGUGUUUUAUUUUGAUGAGGAAUUCAGUAGCAAGUAAAAGGAAAGGUAUUUCAGCCAUUUUUAAAAAGAAGUUAAAAUCUGCAACUUGUACGUGUAAUAUGUCCUUACUACUGUCAAAGUACCUUAUCAGAACUGAUGUCCUUUCAUUGUAAGUUUUAAUAUUUCUAAGGAGGAAAAAGGGGUGCAAAAAAUUACUGUAUAAUUCCAUAACUGGUCGAAUUUCAGUUAGUAUUUACUUUGUCUAGAAGGCACCUGGCUUCAACUGGGACGAAAAAAUCAGCGAGUUUUGUUGAAAUACUUAAAAUGUAAUUGAGCUAGUAGGAAAACGAAAUUAUUUUCUAAUAAAACACUAUAAUACUCCUACCAAAUAAACAGAAUUUUAGUAAUGCCUUAGGUUUUUUGAUGGUGACUUAGCUGCAUUUGACAUAGAUUUUGGAAAUGUAACUUGAAUGUAAAUAUGCUGCAAAAUGUUGAAUGUAUACCUAGAAAUAACUUUUCUGUCAAAGCCAAAUACACUUUGUAAAUGAACCUUAAAAAUCACAUUCCUCCUUUUGCACAAUAAAAUUUCUUUAUAAAAGUCAUGAUUUUGCUUUACCAGGAUGAAAAACUACCCAAAAGGUUAGGAAUCAUUUCCUUGUUAUCACAGGUGUCAAUAUUUUUCUGUAUUUUGUUUAUAAUUUUAUUUUUUAAAUAAAACGUUUAUAAAAACAAACUACAAUAUUUCUAAAACUCUUUUUUGCCUCCUUGAU